CACCAAACAGCCAAUUGGUUAUACUUUUCCUUCUGUCCUUCCCCUUAAAGGAACAGAAAGCCAUUGCCAUGGCCAUCAUUGUAAAAGCAGACACACACUAAAGUUCCUUAAUCCCCUCCCUGAUAUUCAUUUUAAAUCACCCCCCUCCCCCUCCAUUUCCAUUCAAAAUUCAAACCCCCUUGCAUUCAUUCAAGUUCUUCAUUCACUUAAUUUCUGGCCAUAUGAAGAAGAAGAAUUAGAAGAAAUGACCACUACUGCUGCAAGAUUCAUCAAGUGUGUCACGGUUGGAGAUGGUGCGGUUGGGAAGACAUGCAUGCUAAUUUCGUACACCAGCAACACCUUCCCCACUGAUUAUGUGCCCACAGUUUUCGACAACUUCAGCGCGAAUGUGGUGGUCGAUGGCAGCACAGUUAAUCUCGGCCUCUGGGACACAGCAGGCCAGGAGGAUUACAACAGGCUGAGGCCUCUAAGUUACAGAGGUGCCGAUGUUUUCCUGUUGGCCUUCUCCCUCAUUAGCAAAGCCAGUUAUGAGAACAUAUCAAAAAAGUGGAUCUCUGAGCUGAGGCACUAUGCUCCAACUGUUCCGGUUGUGCUUGUGGGAACCAAACUCGAUUUACGCGAAGACAAGCAGUAUUUGAUCGAUCAUCCUGGCGCAACCCCAAUCACGGCUGCUCAGGGAGAAGAGCUGAAGAAGAUGAUUGGUGCAGCAGUUUACAUAGAGUGCAGCUCAAAGACUCAGCAGAAUGUGAAGGCUGUGUUCGAUGCUGCAAUCAAGGCUGUGCUGCAGCCUCCUAAACCGAAGAAAAAGCGCCGGACAUCAAGGCCAUGUGUGUUGCUUUAAAUCUGUUUUAUAUAUUAAUUAAUACCUUGUAAGUACGGCAGUCUUUUCAUUUCUUUGUGUGGAGUGAGUGUUAAUUGUAUCCUUCCUUUAAUGUAUUAUUAUAACAACUACAAUUUCUUCUCCUGUUUCUGUUACUAAAUUUUGAUCAGACCUGUUCAUAUGUCAGGUUCCUACCUUAAUCAAUU